AUGGGAAAACACGAUGUGGAAAGUGGAUUGUAUCCUACAAUGAAUGAGAAUCCACAAUUCAGAUGGGCCUUUAUCAGGAAGGUUUACAUAAUCAUCGCUUUACAGUUGCUCCUGACCGCCGCCGUCGCAUCCGUCGUCGUUUUCGUUCCUCGGAUCCCCGACUUUGUGCUCAGGACUCCGGCCGGUCUCGCGAUCUACAUUGGCUCCGUCAUCCUUUCCCUUAUCCUUCUAUGCCCAUUAUAUGUCUUCCACAAGAAGCAUCCGGUCAACCUCAUUCUUCUUGUACUUUUCACGGUUACCUUUUCUUUCGGCGUGGGACUUUCUUGUGCCUUUGCACCAGGGAAGGUUAUUUUGCAGGCUGUAAUCUUGACUAGUGUUAUGGUGAUCGGCCUAACACUCUACACAUUCUGGGCGGUAAAGAGAGGCCAAGAUUUCAAGUUUCUUGGACCCUUUUUGUUUGGUUCUCUCCUUGUGCUGUGUUUUUUUGGGAUCAUGCAGGUGUUUUUCCCAUUUGGGAAGAUAACAACAACUAUAUACAGCGGCUUGGCAGCUCUUUUAUUCUGUGCUUACAUUGUUUAUGACACUGACGAACUCAUCAAACGUUAUACCUACGACGAGUAUAUAUGUGCUGCAGUUUCUCUGUAUCUCGACAUCGUCAACCUCUUCCUAGCGCUUCUUAAUAUACUAAGGGUAGUUGAUGCGUGA